AUGGCUGAUCGUCCAAGAAGUCAAAGUAUACCCGGUCGUCCUAGAAGCCAGAGCAUGACCGAUGCUUUACGCCUCAGAGGGGUGCUUGAGAACGAUGUCUCGACGAGGGGCAUGCUGAAUGACCUCCGCGGCCUAGUGGCCGAAGAACGAAGAGUCGCGAAAUUUGCGAACGAGUUGCCGAAACUUAACGAAGACGAUCUUGCUGCACUGGGACAAACUGACAGCACAUGUCCGAUAUGUCUAAACACUCUGCUCUCUAUUCUGGCCGAAGAGGAAAUGGCUCUGGCGAUGGACUCCCCGGCACACGCACCAGAAGAUUUGGGCGUGACGAGACUGAUGGAAUCAUGCGGCCACGUUUUUUGUCGGAAGGACAUCCGAAAUUGGAUGCGCGAAGGCCGCAGGACAUGUCCAACGUGCCGGCGCCCCUUCAUCACCCCUACCCCCAUCGCAGAUAGUGCGAACGGGGAACUGCCGACCGCUUUGUGGCCCGACACUAACUCAAGCAAUUUCCUGCGGAUGCCAGAUGUGGCUUGGAUGGCACGAGAAAUGUUCGGCAUCAGUGUAGACGCUGAAGAGGACCUCCCGCGUACCCAUCCAGAGUCUACUCGCCUGGAGGACCAUCAUCAUGACCGGAGCGAUUUUACGGGGAUGUAUUCUUAG